AUUGACUAGUUUGAACUCCUUGCUGUCCAAGGGACUCAAGAGUUUUCUCCAGCACCACAGUUCAAAAAUAUCAACUUUUUGCCACUCAACCUUCUUCAUGGCCCAUAGACAAUACUGCAUAAAAUACAAAUGAAGACAUGAAAGCAACCUUCCCUAGUCUUGCUCUACCCUUAAGUCAUCUCAAGGUUCUGCUUAGCUGCAGCACUCUAGUUCUCUGGGGUACUCCUCAGAGGUAAGGGUGCAGUACUCUAGCGGUCCCAGUUCACUCACUCUUGGACUUAACCUCCACAUCUGACGCAAGAACCCUCAACUGUUCCCUGGUUCUCCCUUUUGCAUGAUAGGUAUGGAAGUGCAUGAGCUCCCUAGUCACCCAAACUCUCUAAGUGGUUUUGCAGAUACCAACCAGAGAUGAUCACAAAGGUCCUCCAAAGAUGGGAUCUGUCAUCUGUCCCCACAACUGAAUUUCUUGCAAGUAGAAGCAGGCUGAAAAGUAACCAAAGCCAGGGAAAUAGAGAGCUGGGAUGAUAGGACUUUUUCUGAGAAGCUUCAGGAGAGCAGCUUCCACACAUGGAGUGUGAAUCCAAGGCUCCUAAAGGAACCAAUCCAUACAUAGAAAGGUGACUGAAUACAGCUUCUUGCUUUUUGGUAGUGCCAUAAGGAAUACAUGCCGUGUAUGUCUUGCCUCUUCUAAUCUGAUCUGACUUCUUCCUAUGUCCAUGGACUGAAUGCUCUUUAAACACACUCUACACACUUUGGGACCACCACUUAUUAGAGAUGAUUCUCUGAACCAAAAAUGUAAAUCAGAGAAGGUAUGAUUAGGCACAUUAGCGUCAAGGCAUCCAUUCUAUUCAUACAAUCUAAAAUUCCACAUCUAAAAUCUACAGCAAAUUUUAGAGUUGAGGCAUUGAGAGGAAGAUAAGACAUUUGUCAUUCAGAGGACAAAGACACAGGACACUUCAGGGAUCAUACAAACUCAGAGCAGGCGUUAGGAAGUAGUGCUUAGUAAAGGAAAGAAACAUGCUUAGAGCAGUUACGACAGGAUCUAUCCUAAGGAUCCGGGAACAUUCUAAUGUUGGGAAAAAAACAAAUGGUAAUGGUGCAACUCCUUCCUUCCUCUCUCUCUCCUCAACUUAAAGUUCUGACUACUUGUGAAUGGGUAAAUGAGCUCAGGCACAGCAAAAAAAGAAGUUCCGGACAAACACUGACCUUUCUCAAAAAAAAAAAAAGAAAGAAAACAACUAAGGUAGCAAAAAGGAAAUCGCUCAGAUCUGAUGAUGUUGGCCAAGUGAACUUGACCCAAUAGCUCCAGGGUCUUCCUGCUAGAGUUAUAAGAGCUGUCCUGGCUCCCUGAGGACACAGUCCUCCUGAGCUUCAAAUUCUUCCAGCAUGCAUGCCCUUCAGUUUCUGUUCAAGACCAGCCCUGCUGUCCUGCUCCUCCUUCUCUGCCUGAGACUUGGGUCUGGCGCAGCUCAAGACCUAGUACAGGAGGUGAUUUCAGCAAAACUGACAAUUGAUCCAGUGGAAGACUCAACUAACUAUUACGAUGUAACAGUCACAGUUAAAAGUCACCUGGCCAAAUGCUUAGUGGUUAGAGUCACGCUCGAGGCCUUCAACAACAUCAUUUUUCCUUAUGGUAAUUUUAUUUACACAGCCUGUCUAUGUGAUUUCAGUACAAGAAACUUCUUUUGGGAAAUACAAGCAUCAGAAAAUGGGAUCAUAAAAGGGAAAGCUGAAGUUGUAUCAGAAGAGAAUAUAUGCCCUUCUGAUGAGGAAAUCUACACCAUUGUUUACAAAGUUUGUAUCAAGCGUAAAAUCAUCAUAAGAUUCUGAUCUCAAAAGUCUGCUGAGUUUGUGGGCAGCUAUGUGGACUGGAAAAUAGAAUUCCUAUGGGCUUCUCACUGUCUUGCCUGUGUUCUCUCCCCCAAAUUAGUACUGUGUCUGCUCAGACACCCCAGGGUCCUCAUGAACCAGUAUGUUAAGAGGACUUCUCAGGGAUGAUACAUGAGCAUCCACUUCCUAGCAAUUGAGAAGAAAGAGAAGACGGGAACUAUCCUCACCAUUUAACACAGUGGCGAACAUGUCCAGAGAGAGCUGUCCCCGGGGCUAAGAUUAAGGGUAGAACUGAGCAAAGGUUCUAAGCAGCAGUCCCCAGUCAGUUUAAACCAGGAACCGGUUUUAUGGAAGACAAUUUUUCCAUGGGCCAGGGGUUUGUGGCAGGGGGAGGUGAGAGAGAGUUUCGGGAUGAUUCAAGUGCAUUAUGUUUAUUGGCAAUUUAUUUCUAUUUUUAUAUCAUCAGCUCCACCUCAGAUCAUCAGGCAUUAGAUCCCAGAGGUUGGGACCCCUGGAUUAAGUUUCCUUCCUCUUUCAGUCCAGUUACAUGCAGCUGCCCCUCCCAGUUAUCUGCAAGUUCAAUGAACCUGAAGUCCUAAAUUAUUACAUCUUGCUCCUCUUGAACUAGCAAGGAAAAGAUUAGCAGGAGCUCAGGUGUGCUGGGCUCUUGACCAGGAUGUUCCUUCCUUAAGCCUAAGCUCUUUCAUCACAAUAAGGCAAAACUCAGUCGGCAAGGAGAUACCUAUUGUGAGUGGAGAUUGAGGAGUUAUGGGGACCAUUCAUUGCUGCUACUAAUGGGCAUGUAUAAAUAGGUACAGCCAUCCAGAGAAUCACCUGAUGUAACUUAAAUUAAUUGUGUACAUACCUUCAGACCCAGAACUUCCACAACCAGCAGUGAUGUUCCGGCUAAGCAUUGA